AUGUCUCGACCGGAGCCUUACGUGAAUGGCAGUGGGCAUCCGCCCGGGCAUGGCCACCAGCCGUAUCACGACGCACGAGGCUAUAGCGAUGAUGGCUACGGGCGACAACCCCAGGAUAAACAACAGCCGUACUUCGAUCCUCCACCACGCGAACCACAUCCAGAGUCGGUGGACGAUCGAUAUCAUUCGUAUGAACAGCAGCCUCCUGGUCAUAACUAUACCGACUAUGGUCCGCCGCCCGAGCCUGAGCGACCGUAUGCACCAAACGAACCCGGCCCACACGAGUUCAACGAGGUGACACCGUAUGACGACGACAAGGCUGAGGCAGAAUGGCGGAGAGGUGUGGAAUCAGCAUACACAUAUCAACGUCCUCCGCCGCCGCCGCAAGAUCCGGAAUAUCUGAGAAGGCGUGCCCUCGAAGAAGAAGCGCGUGAGCGCGAGAUUGAACGCGAGCGGGAGAUCGAGAGGCAGAGGAGAUACGAAGAGGAUCGAUAUUACGAAGAAAGAGAUCGUGAGAGGGAGAGGGAAAGAGAGCGAGAACGGCGUCGGAGGCGAGAGGAAGAUUCUGUGCGCGAGAAAGUUUUACGAUAUCCUUCAGAUCCAAAGAAAGGCGGUCGCGAUGUCUUCGGAGGAUCUGAGGGAGAGCGAGGCUUGGGCGCAAAGAUUGCCGGCGGUGCAGGUGGUGCAUUGUUAGGACAUGAACUUUCUGACAACGUACUUGGCACACUCGGCGGAGCUGUCGUAGGAGCCGUUGCCGCGAACGUUUUCGAGAAACAUCACGAGAAGAGACAGACCGCGAAGAUGGCCAAGCGAGCAAGUCGAGAUGGAGCGUAUCCCGUCAGAAGUGGUUCGUUGGAUUACCCUCGGAGUCGCAGCUACAGAGACAAGGAUCGUUACGAUGAUCGAUAUGAUGACAGGUACGACGACAGGUACGAGCGAGGACGAGAAAGGAGCGUCAGUCGUGGCGGAGGAAUCAAGGACAGAAUCAUGAGAAGCUUGUCUCGAGCCCGAUCAAAGAGUGCACCACGAAGGAGGAGUCCGAGCUUCGACAGCGAAUAUUCGCAUCGAAGGUGA